AUGGUUGACUCCGGCGUGGCGAUAGCUCUCGGCGUGGUCGGGUUCCUCGUGGUGGUGCUCGCGAUCGCCUGGGCAGUGCGCUGCGCCGUCGCCCGGCGCCACGCCGAGGAGGCGAAGGAGGCCGUCGGCGUCGGCGCGGGGCUGCUGGACAAGGAGGCCGUCGUCGUCGACGUCGAGACCAAGCGCGAGGAGCCGCUCUGCGCGAUAUGCAAGGGGCCGCUGGCGGUGGGCGGGGGCAGGUGCCGGCGGCUGCGCGCGUGCGGCCACGUCUACCACGCCGAGUGCGUCGACCUGUGGCUCCAGCGGAAGCCGAUCUGCCCGCUGUGCCGGGCCAGCGUCGUGCUGUCGCGGACGGACAUCGUCGACGCGAUCGUGUGA